UAGUUGCUCACGAAAUGCUGUUUCCGUGAAGACGCGUCAGACUUUACAGGAAUAUGUCUAGCAGUGGUAUGAACAACGAGUUAGGGAGUGCCUAGCUAGCCGGUGACUCUCAAAGUUUUUUUCUUUUAACCGUACAAUCACAAGUUGUGACUUGUGACUUACGUAACCAUAUAGCUAAUGCUUAUAAUAAUCGAUCAAAGAGAUUCAUUGCAAAUGCAAGCUAAGAUGUAGCGAUAGCAUCCAUAGCUGAGUCUAACUUGGACUGCUAGUAUUACGUUUUAUGAAAACACCGUGGAAUCCAAGAAACCAUGUCCUUUGCCGGUGAUCAGAAAAAGUUGGACAGCAUUGGUGUUGUCCCAGUCGAACACGAGGUUUCGUCGCCGUUAGAUGAACAAAGGAGAUGUGUCUCUUUGGAAAACUGCUGUGUCUGUGAUAAGCCAUUACACUAUAGUCGGUUACCACAACUCUUUCCAUGUUUACAUUCCGCUUGCAAUACAUGUCUGUCAAAACAGCAUGUGGAGGUGAACAACAAAAAAUCCAUAGAAUGUCCCUCCUGCAAGAAGUCAUUUGGUAUCACAGAACUCACGGAAAAUAUCAUCUUUAAGCAGUCUCAUCCCUUGUCUGAGAAGGGUGAUGUCUUUAAGUGUGGAGGAUGUGAUGAGCUCUCGAUCAGUGGUUGGUGUAAGGACUGUGGGGAAUUCCUGUGCUCUGAUUGCGUGUCUGCCCAUAACCGGGUCAAACUCACCCGGAGUCACACCAUUGUACCACAAGAGCUAUCCACAGGUGCACAUCCUACCCUGUACUGUCCCACUCAUAGAGAAGAACCUCUGAAGUUCUUUUGUGUGACCUGCAAUUGGUUGACUUGUCGGAACUGUCAGUUAGUUGACCACAGAAAUCACAGCUACCAGAUGAUCAGUGAGGCCGUAUCUGCUUCAGUGGAAAAGCUUCAGUCACUACAGGGGAAAGUGACCAAGCAGAAGCAGAGAGUGAAGCAGAGUCUCUUGGAUUUGGAUCAGAGACUACGGAACAUAAUUGAGCUGAAGACUAACCUCAAGAAGAAACUUUCCCUGGUGGUGUCAAAGAUCUAUCGAGCCAUGCUGAUCAAGGCAGCCCAGGUCUUUGAGUCUGCCAUGGCAGUGUACGGGAGAGAGGAGAAAAUUCUGUCCCUACGAAAGGCCAAUCUGAGGAAAAUGGAGGAGAGACAGGACUACAUUGUGUCUUUUAUUGAAAAAACUCUCAGCAUGGAAGGCCACACUGGAGUGCUCCUCAAAAACAGGAUUGAAAGUCAGAUAAAGGAUCUCCUUUUCCAGAGUGUACUUCCUGCUCAUUCCAUGGUUGAAUUAAAUGUCAAGGUCAAUCAGACGAUCAUGACAUCAGUGGAAAAUUUUGGAGGAAUCUCACUCAAACAGGUCCCCUUUGCACGAAAACAGUCCAACCAGUCUGAAUCCCUGCUUGAGAGUGUACCAGAUCUACAGAAUGUGCCCAGGAACUGCAUUAUCAACACAUCGUCGUCCCCGGACUCCCUUACCCUAAUGGCUCUACUUGGUCAAUCCCCAAAGGGUCCCCACUCUCAUCAUAGUCAGUCUCACAACGCCCAAGGUGGUCUCCCUCAGUCUAUGCCUGCCUCAUCUAAUGCUCCACAGCCUCAGUCUAUGCCUGCCUCAUCUAAUGCUCCACAGCCUCAGUCUAUGCCUGCCUCAUCUAAUGCUCCACAGUCUCAGUCUAUGCCUGCCUCAUCUAAUGCUCCACAGUCUCAGUCUAUGCCUGCCUCAUCUAAUGCUCCACAGUCUCAGUCUAUGCCUGCUUCAUCUGAUGGCCUUCGGUCUUCUCUCGCUUCUUUGCCUCAGCCUCAACCCCACAUUAAUGGACAUAACCUGCAGCAACAUAAUGCUGCUUUACUGUUACCUGUACCGACCACAUCUUUCUACCAACAUCAGGCUCAGACUGCCAUGUCAGUUUUUCCAUCACCUGUAACCUGUAGUCCUUCCCAGGCCUUGUGCACCCCCUUCAGCAUCACGGAGCCAUCAGUACCAGCACAGUCUGCACCACAAGUGCAGGCCCACUCUAGCCCAUCAGUACCAGCACAGUCUGCACCACAAGUACAGGCCCACUCUAGCCCAUCAGUACCAGCACAGUCUGCACCACAAGUACAGGCCCACUCUAGCCCAUCAGUACCAGCACAGUCUGCAGGCAAGUGCAGGCCCAUUCUAGCUCAGCUAGCUCCCAAACCAGCCAUAGCCCACUCUAGCUCAGCCAGCUCCCAACCCUGCCAUAGCUCAUCUCACUCAAGUAAGCCUCACCCAACAGCAUCUCCAUUGAAUCUAUCCAUUCCUCUGACUCAUCCAAAACCCGCACAGCAACACUCUUUCACCAAUCCCCCUCAAGCCUCGUCUGCUUCCACAGACUCAGGGAAAGCCCAGUCUCUACAUUCUCCAAUUCAGUCCAACACGCGCCAGUCCCCUCCCUCAGCAUUGGUCCAGCAGAUACUGAUCUCCCAGUUUUCCAAAACGGCUUCCAAUAAACCCUUGAGUGUUCAGCAUCAGAGUACAUUGAAUUCGAUUGCAGACCAAAUCUCGCUGCUCCAACAAAGUUCUUCUUCUCACAACGUCAAACAACUUCCAUCCAAAAAAUGGAAAUUCCAUGGGUAUCAACCCGCUCCUGGGCCCAAACAGACGUACCAACCCACGGACAGCGGCAGAAUUGCUUCAGAAUCAAGCCCAGCUGAUUUGCCAGACCUUCAGAAUAACAGCCAUUUGAGCGACACUCAACCUUUGACCCUCCAGGGAUCCACCAGUAAGACACAAUGCCAAGAGGAGCCAUCAGGACAGAGGGAUACCCAGCCACAACUAACCAAGAAAGCCUUAAAUGUACAUAGUAACUGGCUCUGUGGACUUCCAAGUAGCUUUCGUGAAAUAUUGGGAGUUCCUCCACCUGAGGAGGUGGAGGACUCCCCUCAAACAGACCUUGUUACAACCGAAGAUCUGCUAGAAAUGCUAGCUGGUGACACUGAUUCAGUGACGUCUGACGAGGCUGUAAGCACAGUGGAAAUAAAGAACUUUACACUUCCUGAGAAGAUGUUAAGCUGCCGAGUUGAUCUGGUUCGACUGGACAUAAAGUUGCCGCUUGCUGGACAUCCGCUUCCUCAGUUCAGAGUUCGCACCGAUGGAUCUCAUGAGAUGAUCUCACUACCGGGGAUUAGAAACAUGGAGCUCUUGGAGAAACUCUCAGUCAACUCUGAGAACCCGAACUCCCCUCAGUCUGUUGGCUCUAAGGAUAUCAAUCUCCACUGCGAGGAGCUCUUGGAGAAACUCUCAGUCAACUCUGAGAACCCGAACUCCCCUAAGUCUGUUGGCUCUGAGGAGAUCAAUCUCCACUGCGAGGUGUGUGACAUGAACGGAGGCACCCUGAUGUGUGUGACUUGUGGAAGGGGCUUCCACAGCAUGUGCCAUGUCCCGCCAAUCGUCACCCGGCUCUGCCGUUUCAGAUGGAAGUGCUCCAUAUGCCAGGACCUGUGCGACUCAACAGACCCAUUCAGGAAGGAGAGACGCUUGAAGCCCUGCCUGAGCUCACUGGACCAGAGGAGAUGUGAGCACCUCAUACUUUCCCUUAUGUGCAAGAAGUAUAGCAGAAUUCUUUACACCUCGAAACCGGAGUAUACAGCGUUGUCUGUAGACUUUGAUUUCAUUCACGGACGGCUGCUGAGGAAAAGGUCCCCUCCGUACCGCACACCAUCUGAGCUGGUUUCAGACGUCUGGGUGCUUUUGGAUUCCCUUCAGUCCAGCUCUGAGAAGACUGGUGAUGUUCUCAAGAUGCUGAAGACCUUUGAGAAGAGGGUCAACCAGGUGUUUGGAACCAGCCUCCACCAUUCUCUUCUGACUCGACCCACUGUGAACAGAGAAAAAUAUCCGGACAAAACUAGAGGACAAAUCAAGAGGGAAACGUUGAAAAGGGGAAAUGACUCUUCAGAGGAAGGAAUAGAGCCCGUUGUCAAAAAAACUCACCUGGACUAGACAGACACAGUAACGGCUCAAUAUAUGUAUGUAUCAGACUGCAAAAAGGCACAAGUUGCUCUGUGUGACGAGGCAACAACUAUAGUUCUACAGGCGUAUCUCUAAAAGAAGAGAUCUCUUGCAAGUGUUUAGGACAGCGGUGUUGAUUGUGGACCUUCCAGUUACCAAACAGAGAGAUGUAGACGGUAACUGGUAAUAGAAACAAUGGACACGUAUGUGAAUUUAAAUUCUUGCACUGUAUACACUGACACCUACCCUGCAUUUAUAAUAAUAAGUGAAGCUAGCAAUUGUUGAUAAUGUGACAUCUACACAUGCCAUGUUUAAGUACGACAGAGCAGGUUACAUGUUUGCAUGGAUUCCACCUCAACAGUUUUAAAUCUCUGUCUAAGCAACCAGUCCGUCUUUUUGUAUUUCCUGGAAUGGCAAAUUGUAUUGUUCAUUUCUUGUACAUUUUUUGUUAAUAUUGCUCAUUUUAACUGCGAGAAAUUGAAUCACGUUCCUUCACAGAUCAAAGUUCUGUUCACCUGUUAAUAAAUGGUCAAAAUAGCCCAAGUUGGUCUCUUGAAAA